AUGCAUCGCCUGCGUCCAUCCCCACGCACUCUCUGCACGACCGUGGCGCAUCUCGAGCCCAUGCGCUACGCGCUCGCGCAGGCGCGCCGCGCGUAUAGUCUGGGCGAAGUUCCGGUCGGCGCCGUCCUGGUCUGCAGUUCUGGGGCCGUCCUUUCCGCGGCACACAACCUCGUCGAGUCGCUGCACGACCCCACUGCGCAUGCCGAGAUCCUCUGCGUGCGCCGCGCCGCCGCCGCCGCUGGCAACUGGCGGCUGCACGACACCACUCUGUACUCGACUCUAGAGCCGUGCCCUAUGUGUCUCAGCGCACUCGCUCUCGCCAGAGUCGGCGCCAUCGUUUACGCCGCUAAAGACUUGAGGCUUGGCGCGUGCGGCACGUGGCUACCCUUGCAUGAGGAGAAACAUCCGUUUCACACGUUUCGAGAUGUACGCGGCGGCGUGUUGGAGGACGAGGCCGCAGAGCUCAUGAGACACUUCUUUAGGGAGCGCAGAGCAGAGGGGAAAGCCGCGAGGGGCGACUUGUGCAGGUCGGCGCACCUCGGCUGUAACGGCACGUGA